CUUAAUAGGGUACAGUGCAUGGGAAUCUGCAGAAGAAGACGACUCUCCUUUAUAUCUCCAUUAUAGAAGUCAGAAUGGAUACGUCAGAGGGAGCUUUUUAAACAACGGUCAUUCUAGUACAUUUACACCAUCAAACCGCGGCGGUGUUCGCACGUAUGGAAAAGUACUGAGAAAUGUUCCAGACCACGAGGAUACUGACUAUGUAUUCUCGGAACUCCAUUUCCACAUUGGUACCAACGGGAGUCGUACAGGAUCUGAACACCGGAUCAAUGGGAAGGGAUUCAGAGGAGAGAUCCACAUGGUUCAUUGGAAGAGGACACAGGAGUCGAGAACAAUUGAAGAAGGUUCUCAAGCAAGAGACGGUUUGGUAGCAGUAGGGAUCUUUUUCAAUGUAGUUAGACGCUGUCACACAGAGGCGGAUAGACUUAUAUUGAACUACGUGUCACACACAAGGAGAUAUCUUUCAGUGAAGAACCCUGCGUUUGUCAAUCCCAGUCUUUUACUUCCGGCUGAUGGUAGAUAUUAUACAUACAAAGGAUCCAAGACAACACCUCCCUGUAACACCAAUGUUAUAUGGGUAGUGUACAACACACCGACAACGAUUUGUUACAGGAGUUACCGUGUAUUGAUGGGUUUACAAUCAGCUGAAAUUGGUCACCCUUACCUGCGUAUGUUCGGAAAUGAUCGUCCAAUUCAAAGCAAGGGCAUACACAACGUAAAAGCUAAUUUCCUACAAUGUGAUUAAGUGAUACAAAUAUUAUAAAUGUUCUUAUUUCUG